AUGCUGUGGUACGAUGAUGGCAUCAAGCAUCGUCUACGUCUGAGGCCCCAGUGGACGACAGCAGAUGCCGAAGACCUGUUCGAUGACGCCCCAGAGAAUGAAGCCUACACCGAGAGCAUCAGACAACUUCAAGGCGGGUUUAGGGAGUACGGACCCCUCAUGAACAGAGUGUCUUCGGAGCUGAACAAAAGCAUUUUUCAUGCCUCUGAUGUGCUUAGUGCUGUCCCUGGGACUCGAGAUAGUGAGAACAAGUUGAGGGAAACAGUGAAGAAAUACGUCAACAAAGCACGCCGGCUUGUGGGCCUGCUUGGGUGCGCUACAAACACCGAGGAUGUUUUUCCUCCUGCACCGAUGCGUAGCCUCGCUUCAUCGAGCCAUGCAGCCUCGUCGUCUAGGGCGGUUCAAGAUGACGAGGAGGAGAGCGACGACGAUGAUGAUGCAGAGGAAGAUGAAGAAGAGGGCGCAGAAGAAGAACAUGGUGAGGAAGAGGAAGAGGACGAUGAGGAGGAGUACGAUGAUGACGACGGACCUCCAGCAACUCAGCCAACCCAGCGUGAGAAGAGGAAUGUGCCGAAGAAGGACUGGAAGAGUCCAUCUCCGUUUCAGAAAGCACGUCCUACGGCCCGCAAGAAGACGGCGACCGAGAAGCGAUCCAAGGAUAACGAGGACCGAAAGUCGAAGAGGGGAAGGAAGGACUGA